AACCUACUAACUCAGUUUCUUUUCUUUACUUUUCUUCCAAUGGCUCUUUCUUCAACAAAAGAGUUAGUACUAUCUCGAACAAAACCAAUACCCACUCUCAUAACAUGCACAUUCAUUUUAACAUUAUUGUUGUCUACUCCAGCACUAUGUGCUAGUGCUCCCACUAAAGCAACAUCUGAAUUUGAGUUUCUUAAGGUUGCUCCAUCUGAAUUUGUUGGGACAGUGCAAGAUGUUGUUGGCAUUUUGCAAGAAGUAAUGUCCAUUCUUUCUCAAUUUGGUGGUUCUGGAUUUGGAGAUUCACGUCUCUCUAAUGCUGUUUCUGAUUGCAUUGAUAUGCUUGAUCUUUCCUCUGAUGCACUUACUUGGUCUGCCUCUGCUGCUCAGAACCCCAAAGGUAAGCAUAAUAGUACUGGAAAUGUGAACUCUGAUGUGAGAACAUGGUUAAGUUCUGCACUUGCAAAUCCAGAGACAUGCAUGGAUGGAUUUGAAGGUACAAGUGGCAUUGAGAGCCAAUUAGUGUCUACUGGCUUAAGCCAAAUGAUGUCAAUGUUGGCAGAGCUUCUCACACAAGUAGACCCUAAUUUAGAUAGCUUUACACAAAAAGAACAAAAAGGUCGAUUUCCUUCUUGGGUUAAAAGAGAUGAUAGAAAACUCUUGCAAGCAAAUGGGGUGAACGUCGAUGUUGUCGUUGCUACCGAUGGAAGCGGGAAUUUUACGAAGGUGAUGGAUGCGGUGCAUGCAGCUCCUGAUUAUAGCAUGAAACGAUAUGUGAUAUACGUAAAGAGAGGUGUUUAUAUUGAAAAUGUUGAAAUCAAGAAGAAGAAAUGGAAUCUCAUGAUGGUCGGAGAUGGUAUGAAUGCCACAAUUAUCACUGGUAAUCGGAGCUUCAUCGACGGUUGGACCACGUUUAGGUCAGCAACCUUUGCUGUUAGUGGUAGAGGAUUCAUAGCAAGAGACAUCUCUUUUCAGAACACUGCAGGUCCUGAGAAGCACCAAGCAGUGGCACUAAGAUCCGACUCUGACCUCUCUGUAUUCUAUCGAUGUGGGAUUUUUGGUUACCAAGACAGCCUCUACACGCAUACAAUGCGCCAAUUCUUCCGAGAAUGCAAAAUAAGUGGCACGGUGGAUUUUAUCUUUGGCGAUGCCACGACUCUUUUUCAAAACUGUCAAAUACUAGUAAAAAAAGGGUUACCAAAUCAAAAGAACACUAUCACAGCUCACGGACGAAAAGACCCUAACGAACCAACUGGUUUCUCAAUCCAAUUCUGCAACAUUACCGCCGAUACAGACCUUCUUCCUUCGGUUAAUUCCACUUAUACAUAUCUUGGAAGACCGUGGAAAGAAUAUUCAAGAACAAUUUUCAUGCAAUCUCAUAUAAGUGAUGUGUUGAGGCCAGAAGGGUGGUUAGAAUGGAAUGGAGAUUUUGCAUUGGAUACAUUGUAUUAUGCUGAGUACAUGAAUUAUGGGUCUGGUGCUGGAUUAAAUAAACGAGUUAAAUGGCCAGGGUAUCACAUUAUGAAUGAUUCUAGUCAAGCUAGUAAUUUUACAGUGACACAAUUUAUUGAGGGGAAUCUAUGGUUGCCCACAACAGGUGUAGCAUUCACUGCUGGAUUAGGAGUUUAAGACAUUGCCAAAUCUUGCAUGUUCUUGUUCUUGAUUGUUCUAGUUGGUUGGUGGGAGAGGUAAAUUAAUGAUGGGUGAUAGACCAGUGUUGAAUUUCAUUAUUUUGUACUUGCUACUUAAGAAUACUAUACUUUUGAUAUAUGAGUUGUAAUUUUUAUAAAUUUUGAUUAUUGUAAUGUGGUACAACUUGUAUGAAGCUUGAAGUAGGGUGUAUUUUGUGUAA